AUGAUUUUAAUUUUUUUCAUUUUUUUUCUGACUGGUUCUUUUGUGGCAAGUGAAAGAUUUAAAUUCGAUAAUUAUACUCUUUACAAAAUAUUACCGAAGGAUAGUAGUGACUUUGUGAUAUUGCAAGAAUUGUACGAAAAUGAUAGAAGGUUCGAUUUCUGGGACGAUCCUAUUCCUACUGCUGAAUAUUUGAACGUAGUAGCUGCACCACAUGAUAAAAUAGACCUUGAAAAUAUUUUAAUUCAGAAUAAUGUAGCAUUUAUAACAACUAUUCAGAACAUACAAGAAGCUAUUGACCGACAGACAGUUAAAAAGUAUACACGCAAUAAUGUCCGAAGUAUGCAAUGGGAUGCGUAUUAUGAACUGGAAGAAAUAUACGCCUGGAUAGAUGAUUUAGCAAAAACAUAUCCAGAUAUUGUUACAACUGAAGUCGCUGGUACUUCAUAUGAAGGUCGAGAAAUUAAGGGAUUGAAAAUAUCCCAUGGGCCCGGUAGAAGGAUAGUGUUUAUCGAAAGCGGUAUUCAUGCUAGAGAAUGGAUCACUCCAGCUACAGUAUGCUAUAUCACUAUCCAGUUGCUAACUAGUAACGAUCCAGAGACAAGAGCAGCAGCAAGAGAUUUCGACUGGUAUAUAUUCCCUGUGACGAACCCAGAUGGGUAUGUUUGGACACACACUGAUUUUAGACUGUGGCGAAAAAACAGAAAGCCAGUCGGUACAGAAUUCGGUAUUGAUUUAAAUAGAAACUGGAACAGUAACUGGUUAGUUAAAGGCUCCAGUACUAACCCGUCUUCAAAUAACUACGCUGGCCUUGGACCAUUCUCGGAACCAGAGACCCGCACUCUUUCCACAUACAUAACGGCUAUCGGAAAUAAAAUUGAUAUAUACCUGUCUAUGCAUUCCUCUGGCCAGCUCUUGUUGGUACCUUUUGGUAACACAACUCAGCCUUUGGCAAAUUAUUAUGAUGUGGUGAAUAUUGGAAGGCGUGCGAUGGGAGCUUUAUCCGUGAGAUACGGUACAGAAUAUACAACAGGAAACAUAGCUGAAGCCAUAUACCAUGCAACAGGAAGCAGCGCAGAUUGGGUCAAAGAGUUCCUUGACGUCCCCUUAGUCUACAUAUACGAGCUCCGUGACAGGGGAACUUUCGGUCAUCUCCUGCCUCCUGAUCAGAUCUUGCCCACCAGCGAAGAGACAAUGGACUCUAUAAUCGACCUCAUCCACCAAGCCAAGAGAUUCGGAUACAUGAACAGCGGAAACGGACUAAAAUUAUCAUUUUUAACUCCACUACUGCUUUUCGUUGUUAAAUCUGUUGUGUGA